CCUUCUAAUAGGCAAACUGAAGCUGAUUAUACAGAUUUGUUAUUUGGAACUAUGGAACAAAUAAGUAAUCAAAGUCAAUUAGUUAUUGAUGAUGAAAAUUCUGAUAAAUCGGAUUUAGAAUAUGAGCUUGAGGCACCAAUUAUUUUAGAGCAACUUUGGCAACUUGAUCCACAAUUUAAAAAUCAUCGCUUAAUAGAACCACCUGUUACUACUGUAGAGUUAUAUGAUAUGGUCAAGGCUGCAAGUUAUCUUUCUCUCAAAGAGUAUUGGGAAGUUCUUGAUAAAUGCGAAGACUGUUUUGAGGAAGAACGUUACCAACCUUUGAUUGAAGAAAUUCUAAGAGAUAAUGAAUUUGCUAGAUCUAGUGAUUUAAUAUCAAAUUUAUAUAGUAAUGAAGAAUUAAGUGGUGUAACUGAAGAGAAUAAAGUUGAUCAUUAUAUUCGUGAGCCCAUUCAAAGAAGAAAAUGUAAUCCAUUAACAUGGUGGUGA